AUGUACCAAACAGCCACCAUGGAACCCUACUACCAUAGAAACAAGGGAAUCGAGAAGAACAUUAACAAUAACCCAAAUGUUACUGAUAUCUUCUACUUCCCACAAUCUCUUACUAUUCCACAGCAACAACAACAACAGCAGCAGCAGCAACAGCAACAACAAUCUCUUUCUCAGCAAGCUCUCGUGGCAUCAAGCAUGAAUUUGAACAACCGAACUAAUUUUGUGCUUCCUUCAUUACCGUUGCUAGAUACUUCCAUUUCUAAUGAUAGAAUCUUCUACAUACAACAACAACAGCAGCAACAACAACAACAAGUAUUUGGGAGCCAUGACAAUAUGAGAUCCCAAUCAAAUAUCAUUGAAGGUUAUUUAAAUAUGCCUGCAGUGGCUGACAGAACAUCCCUUAAUCCUUCAUUUCUUGAAAAUUCCGGUAAUCGCCUUAGCCACCCCCGAAACCUAAAUUUGAAUUAUCAAUUAUCGGGCACCAAUUACAAUUUACCUCCAUUGAAUGUUGAUAUUCUCGCAGCCAAUAAUUUGAAUCAAAAAGAUACGACAAAUUCCACUUUUAAUGCGGUUAUCUAUGCUGCUGAAAUGUCUGCCGGUAUCACUCCCCGCCGUCGCAGAAAAAAAAACCAAUCUUCAGCUUCAAGCUCUCCGGAUGCCACGGAUGGGGCCAUCGUGAAAUCAUAUCCCUGUGAUAAAUGUGAUAAGGUAUUUCAUCGACCAUACAAUUUAAGAUCUCACUUGAAAUCGCAUUCUACUGAAAAACCUUUUGCUUGCAAGCAUUGCGGAAGAAAGUUCACCAGAGGCCAUGAUAAAAAAAGGCACGAAUUAUUACAUGAAGGGUCCAAGAAGUUUCAAUGUGGUGGUUUUUUGAAAGAUGGUAAGACCAAAUGGGGUUGCAACAAGAAAUUUGCUAGAGCCGAUGCGUUGGGUAGGCAUUUCAGAACCGAAACUGGCUGGUUAUGUAUCAAGCCAUUAAUGAAAGAGGCAAAGGAAAAAGAAAUGGACGAUAUUAAUAAUGAAAGAAUAUCGUCACUCCAAUCAUUAUCCCCAUUGACUGAUGGACAACUGCCAUACCAGAACCAAACACAGGUUAACUUAGUUGCUCAGCAGGCGAUUGAUCAGUUAAGGCAGAAUUAUUCUAGUAAAGGAUACAUUUCUACGGCGCCAAUGUUCGAGUCGAUCCCGGUUAAUUCGCUACAUGGUUUGGAUGUUUCAUCUUACGACGGUAUUGGUGGCUCUAUCAACAAGGUUGAAUCUAUGAAGAAUGAAAUUCCAAAAAUGACAUACAACGGGGUUAGUCUAAAUCAUUUUGGUACAGACGCCCCCAAUGAGCUGAUCAUUAAUAGUAUGGUAAAAGAUGUCAAAAGUGAAUUCAGCUGA